AUGAAUUGUUCACAGGUUCCCAUGAAAAACAAAAAACAAAAAAAAAAAAAUCUUACAAUCUACCGGUACAUCUAUUUCACAAUCACAAAAUUGAAAAUUCCAAUCGACUAUUGGAAAAAUAUUGAUAGCGUACUGAAGAAGUGGAGUCGCGUGUCCUGAACUCGCUGACAUCCCUGGUUUAGGGUUUAUCUGCCCGUCCGCUUCUUCCCUCUUCCAAUCUCGCCCCAGAGAAGUAGCUGCCGACCAGGUAACUGCUGCUAACAUUCCAGCCGCUCUAUUUCGAAGUCGAGGUUUCUCUUAGUGCUGCUAGGCUAAUUUGGAUUGCCCGUCUUCGAAUUGGAAGGGUACGAAACCGUAGUCGGAGCUUCUGGUCUGUUUCAUCCUGUUGGACGGCAUGAAGCGGCACGAAUUAACCGUCGGCUGAGGCUCCCGCUUUACCAACGCUCAGAGUUCCCACUGUCUGACACGAAACUUUUCUGGUACUGCUUUUACUUCACGCCUUUGCCUCUUGAUGGUUUUCGAGUGGAUCAGACUGUCAAAGCUCUUCAGUUGUUUGUUUUUUUUUUUCUCAAGUUGCGUUACUGAUCGACCUUGUAGCUAAGAGACUACAAUUCAAGUGAGAAGAAUGCAUAGCCGCAUAGGUAAGUGGCAUGAAGAACCAUUCUUCUGAUGUUAUGUGGAAGGGAGGAAGUCAAAGUGGGGAAAGGAAGAUUUUCUGGUCACCUCACUGUCAGCACAUUCCAUGGCACAUUCCAUGGCAUUGAUUAUAUGCCAAAGGAAUCAGAAGGAAGAUUGUGAAUCAUGCUUCUGUGUUGUGAGCUGGUGAUGCAGUACAUAAAAUUGAUUGAACUUGAGGAACCUUAAUUUCCAAUAUCUCAUUUAUCCUUUUUUCCCCCCUUCUUCCAUUAACCUUGUUAAAUAGUUCUUUGUUUGUUUCCGCAGUUGCUGCAUGACCAUUUGCUAACGGAUCUGAACGAUUCCUCCCCAAGAUACCAAGUAUGUAACUUCUAAUCUUCUACCAUCGAUUUUUCAUUUUUUUUUUUCAUAAGCUAUGGAAGGAGAAGUGUGAAGAUGUUAAUGCAUCCCUAGUUCCUUCGUCCUACUAGCAAUAGCAAAUAUUGUGAAUCCUAAUUUCUCAAUGGAACAUCCAUGUCAAUCGUUGGUCCACUUGGUUCAAGCUGUGAGCUAGGCAGAAAUGGAACACUAGAGAUGAUCAAAUACACUAUACAAUGAGGAUACUGUUAGCGUGUUCAGUUUCAUGUCUCUGCCCCUCUUUGCUGCUGUUUUCACUUUCUCAAUCAACCUCCCCCCUCCCUGUUUAUCAAGGCCCUAUGAUGGUAAUCUAGAUGAGAUUAUACCCAAUAUUGAUCCGCUCACUCGGACUAGGCUUAGACAAAUUGCUUAUGUUGUAAAAAAACGCUGUCAAAUAGUUGUCAAUCCCUAAACAAAGAUGCUGACUUUCAGAAUUGGGGAUUUCCUACAACAAUCCUUGUCCAACAAGGAUUUGGUGGAGAUGCUCAAUUGCUGUCCAUGUUGGUUUAGGAGUCUUUUAUUACAUCUACUUUAUUUAUUUUUUGAAGUAUGAGUGUUAUUUGUUUCUUAGUAGUAGACUGAUUAAUUUUCAGUUUCCUAGGUGUAGAAGGAAGUCUUUUCUUUUUGGUUAGCCUCUCUAUAAAUACAAGGCUUGUAGUUCAGUUUUAUGCAUCAAGUAUUUUGAAUUAGAGUUUUCAAGAGUUGCAAGAAAUAUUAUAUUUUGUGUUAUUGCUUUUUGUAAUUUUCAGAUGGAAUGGUCCGAGUGUAAAAACGAAAUUAGAGAUGCCUGUUUGGAGAUCCAGCAGCUUCAGUCCGACGUGGCUCACGAAUUUCAGCGACUCCAGCUGGAUUUCACUGAUACCCAUUCGCUUCAAGAAGAAGAACUGCGCAAGCUUGAUGAAAUGAAGGCUAGAAUUGAAAAUUUGAAGUCAGCUAGUGGUGCUAUUGUAGACUCGUUCAUACAAAUUCGACCUGAUGUCCAAACUGUAAUUGACAUUGAUUCCGCCAAUGGAGUCGAAAGCAGCUUUUAGAGUGUCUUGAGAGAUGGAUGAAAGGGUAACAGGGCUCAAAUCCUCUGUUAUAGGCUGAUCUGAUUACAAAGUUGUGUCUCGGAUGACAGAUUCUUAAGGGAUUGCUAUUUGUCGCCCUAAAAAUCGUUAUUAGUCACCUUAAUUAUAUUAAAUUUACUGUAAUGCCCUUAAUUUAUUUUUUUGUUUUUGUUUUUCAAACACUUAAACUCUCAAAUAAACUAAAAACAAACUAGUCGCCGCCGGCCAGAGUCGGCCACCUCAUCGAAGGCCUAACCAUCGUUAUUAUCACCAUAUGAAGAAGAAGGUAAUCACAUAUUACUUUAUUAAAUAAAUCACGCAAUUUAUU